AUCUCAGCUGGCGGAAGGGUUUGAGUGUUGGAAAGGAGCGGGACGUCUUUUAGUGUCGGACACCGAGCGUAAGACAACAUGGAAGGGUUUGUAGAGAGGAAACAAGAGCAGGGCACUGUUUGUUAUAAGCUCUACCUCAGCAGUAAGGUUUCGCCUUCGGAUCCCCAAGCUUGUAAGGAUAUGUUCGAGCGACUUUUGGAGCAAAUAGUGGCUCGCUUGGCUCUGUUAUCUACGGGGUACAUCUGGAACAAAGAGGCCUUCAGUCUGAAAUACACAGCGGCCCGGGGAGACGUUCCUGCCCAUAUCGGUGGUAUGACGAACUUUGGUGAUAAUGUGGAUGACGAAUGGUUUAUUGUGUACCUUAUUCAGCAGAUCACCAAAGAAUUCCCUGACUUAGUGGCAAGCGUAGAUGAUGAUGAUGGAGAUUUCCUGUUGAUAGAGGCUGCCAGAUACCUUCCCAAGUGGUUGAACCCUGAAACCAGUGUAAACCGGGUAUAUUUCUAUCAUGGACGUUUACACAUCAUCCCACUACCUCAGAACCCAGGGGAACUGACAUGGUUACCGGCUAGCAAUCCUACCAUCCCUCAGGUCCUCAGCCUGCUCCCCACUCAUUCUGAAAAGUGUCUGGCAGCAGAGCCCAUUCGUAAGGCUAUAAACAGACGUAUACAAAGUUAUCCAGAAAAGAUUCACAAUGAUCAACACCGAGCUUGCUGCUAUGUUCCAGCAGGUAUAGCUGCAGUGCUGAAGCGUCGUCCAGAUCUGUUGGCACCUGCUAUCCAGGCCUUCUAUCUACGUGAUCCUAUUGACCUACGUGCUUGCCGUUCCUUUAAGGUCUUUCGCCCUGAGACACGUGUGAUGGCUCUGGUGACUUUUACAAAAUGUCUGUAUGCUCAACUACAGCAGCAGCAGUUUGUGCCAGAUAGACGGAGUGGUUAUGUGCUGCCAACACAAUCUGACCAGAACUUCAAAGCACAUUCACUUGGCAUGAAACUGGCCCAUGGUUUCGAGAUCCUUGUUUCCAAAUGCUCCCAACCCUUGUCUAGUUUUACAACUGGAAAUUCUAUCUCCAGUGAUCCCCUCUGGGAAGAGUUUCUAAACAGUCUAAAGAAAAAUGCCUAUUUCAAGGGAGAGCUGGAAGGUUCAGUACAAUAUAAAGAAUUGCUCCAAAUGGCAGAGAUUUACUUCCAGCAGUCUGUCGCCAGACCUAAAAGUCAUGCAGUCUUUUUUUCUCUCAGUUCAUCUAUUUCAAGCCCAGGGGAACAGAUUAUGCAGCUUUUGCAAACUCUAUCCUACAGUGUGGAAGAACUACAAAAAGAAGGGGAGAAUCUCCCUCCAGAGGAUGAUGACGGUUGGUUGAAUAUUUCACUGGAAGAGCUGGAUCAAAUGCUAGAGGAGGCCUCUGGAACAAAACUGUUUAGACAUGAGGAAAAAGAGGAGGAGGAUUAUGAUCUACACGACAUCACAAAGUGUAUGAAGGCAUUUGUAUCAAAGGUUUCCUCGCAUGAAGGAGCAGAGGUGCCACGGUCUUCAGCUAACAAUCAAGUUGAAUUUGACGUGAACUCCAUCACCAGUGCUUUGGAAAAGAUUCUAGGGGUAGAAUCUGAAGAACUUGAUUCUGAUGAUCUUGAAGAGGAGGAUAUUGAUUUAUUGGACAGUGAUGAAGAAUUUGACAGAAGCGAAGACCCAGAGGAAUGUGUUUCAGCAACUAAGGCAUUAGAGAAUAUCCGAGACUACAUGACGCAGAUGGAUCAGGAGUUAGCUGGCACCCACAUUGGCAAAAGCUUUACCAAAGUCACCAAUGAGGCUGAGCUGGACGACAUUGAUCUGGCAGAAAUAGCAAAGGACGAGUCAAAAGAGAAUUUGAGCGUACUGCCUGUGGAUGUGGACUUGAAUCUAGUAGAGAAUUUCUUGGAGUCUUAUAGCUCACAAGCUGGCCUUCCUGGACCUGCAUCGAAUAUCUUACAGAGCAUGGGUCUCCGACUACCAGAUAACAAGGACAACGCUAUGUAAAAAAGGAGUGCCACAAACUGAUUCUGUCAGCUGUAAUACUUUGCUAUUAUCCACUUGGUUCCACCAUGAUCAUCUGCUCCAUGAUGCAUUUCUCAAUUAAGGAGAAGAGGAGUCCUUAAAUCUGACUUUAGUGUAGCUGCCUCUUUAAUUUGCCGUGAAAUGAAAAGGUACUGGAAUCAAUGUUCAUCUUGUCACAUUUUAAAAUUUUCUUUGAAAUCAUUCAGAAAAUAUUUUUGUAACUAAAUAAGUGGAAACAACAGAACUUUGAGUACAUGCCAUUACCGUUUUAAAAAAAAAUAAGCAGGGUAUCAUAUGGGUUUGUGUGGUGAAUAUGUCUUCCCAUAUAAUUUUAUCACUCAUUCUGCAUUUCACUGUUAAUAUGAAUAUCUUUUUUAUCUAUACACACUAUACCAGUAGCCCCGUUUGAGUAAAAUAAAUUAGCCCUUACGCAAUUCAUAAAUCAUGAACCAAAAUUUUGAGAUGUGGGGUAAAAUUUGCUGUAAUGAAAUUUCAAGACGUAUUCAAACCUGUAAGGCAUAGGAGCAGAAUUAAGCCUUCAUUAAUUCUAAUCUGCUCCACCAUUCCAUCAUGGCUGAUUUAUUAACCUUCUCAAUCCCAUUUUCCUGCCUUCCCCCAGUAACCUUUGAUACAUUGAUUAAUUAAGAAUCUGCCAACCUCUGCCUUAACUAUACCCAGUGACUUGGCCUCCAUAGCUGUCUAUGGGCAACAAAUUCCACAGAUUCAUCACCCUCCAGCUCAGAAAAAUUUUCACAUCUAUUCUAAAGUCACUUUUCUGAAGCUGUGUCCUCUGGUCCUGAACUCCCCCACUAUAGGAAACUUCCCCUCCAAGUCCACUUUAUCUUGGCCUUUUAAUAUUCAAUAGGGUUUCAAUGAGAUUUCCCCCUACUCCACUCCCCCCCCCCCCCCCGAAUUCUAAUAUUGCAUUUGUCGUCUUACCACUGACUUGAACUCCAAAUUAGCCUUUAGGGCAGGGGUGGGCAAACUUUUUGACUUGUGGGCCACAAAGGGUUCUAAAAUUUGACAGGGGGGCCGGACCAGGAGCAGAUGGAUGGAGUGUUUUGGUAAUAGAUCUCAUAAGAGAAAAUAAAAUAUCGUGGGAUAUGUAGAAAACAUGUGCUUUAAUUUCAAUUGAAAAUGAACAAAUGCAUUACAACAAAAUAUCUGUCUUUGAAGUCCCAUGGUAUUUAGCUAUUUAUUGAAAUGACUUUUAAAACACUGAAAAUUAAAUGAAUAAAAUACAGCUUUUUUUAAUA